GGGAGGAGGAGGCAAGACAGCUGGAGUGGGGGAAGUGGCAGUCUCUGGAGGCAAUAUAAAGCCAUGCACGUCGUCACCCUCGUCAGUUUCGAUAAAGAAGUUUCGUUCGCAAAUCCCUCGUCCGCCAUGAGAGCUUUGUCACUGAUGGUGGUGUUGGUGGUGGCCCUGGUCGCCCUGAUGGGGUCAGCCCUAGCUAUGCCCAAAGCUUACGCCCUGGCUGACCCUGACCCCGACAACGAUUCGCGAUACGGCUUCGAUUCUAACAGUAACGAAUAUGGUCGUUUUCGCUCUGGCUAUAAUCGCGGUGGAUGGCGCCAGAACUCCGGCUACGGCGGUGGUUCUCGGCCUGGCUUCGGUAACACUGGUCGUGGUUAUGGUUUCUUUGGAUAAUCUUGGCCUGUUGUUUUGACGACCCCCCUUACGCCUAAGUCAAGGAUCCAGCAAGGAAAACGAACACCCGACACUAUACAUGUCAUGAAUUGAAUUAAGAUCAAGUAUUUUGCCAGCCUUGUAAUGUAGGGGAUUUAUUAUUAGUGUCUAAUCCUUUAUAUUACAAGUGUGAUAUGUAGGGAGUGUCCCCAAGAGUGCUAAAUGGAGUUAUGUAGCGGAGGUAACAGAAGAGCCGAAGAUGUCUUGGAAAAUACUCGCUAUCCCUGAAGGAAAUCGACGGAGAGUGAUUACUUGAUAGCAAGUUGUAAAGCUAACUUUCUCAUCUGGGGUCUUUUCCUUUUGAAAGGGGGUUCUCAAUCAGCAGCUGCUGCAGGCGGUGUUCAUCUGUUCACCGUGGGAAACUAAGCACACAAUGUUCAUGUGUUCAACACUUCUGAAGACAGCAUGACUAGUGAGAGGUGCGAGGUAACAUUGAAAACAUAUCAAGCAAGGGGUGACUUGUUUAAUAUUUGCUGAUUCAAAUGUUGUUUAUAUCAUUUGCAAUUAGCAUGAGUUGCGAGAUAGAAAAAAGUAAUUUCAGAGCUGAGGAAUGUCUUAAGAAUGGUUUUAAUUGAAAUAUAUAGCUUUACAUCAUUGCAAACAUUAACUUACACGAGUUCACUACCUUCAGAAGGGUUCAUUCACAUAAAUUUCGAACAUGAAUGAACCCAGGACUGAGCCUUGGAGGACACCAUUGGUCAUCUAUCCCUCCAGCCCCACAUCCUUAUGUUUACCAUCCCCCAGGGUACAUACUCCCUGACCCAGAUAAACUACUUUCCCAGUUAUCCAAGCUUAUCUCACCAACCUGUACGCCAGUCAUUCAUACGGAAUGUUUUUUUUUUCACAAGGGAGAUACAGUCUCCCCCAGCUCCUUCCUUUCUCUAUAUUUAUAUUGUCCCUUCCGGGUAAAGUAAUCAUAUAUGUCACUAUAUAAAUGUCAACAGGUGUAUAUAUAUACACCAGGAGAU